AUGAGGAAGGAAACCCAGCCUAAGAAAGCAGAACAACACUUGCUUCACAUGCUCCUCAUGGACUGAACAGACGGCUGCCUCAAUCAGAAGACAGUGAGCGCAGUGUCCUCCCAAACAAAGCUGACAUUGGACACCAUGAACUCCACAGUGAUAAAGGGCAUCAAUGGGUCUGAGCGGUGCCCCAGGGACACGCGGAUAGCACAGCUGGUGUUCCCGGUCAUCUACACCAUCAUCUUCUUCACGGGCAUCCUGCUCAACACCUUGGCCCUGUGGGUGUUCACUCACAUCCCCAGCUCCUCCACCUUUAUUGUUUAUCUCAAAAAUACUGUGGUGGCUGACUUGAUUAUGACGUUCAUGCUUCCAUUUAAAAUCCUCUCUGACUCACACCUCGGACCCUGGCAACUCAGGGCUUUUGUGUGUCGUUUCUCUGCGGUCAUCUUUUACGAGGCCAUGUAUGUGGGCAUCCUACUGUUAGGCUUCAUAGCCUUCGAUAGAUUCCUGAAGAUCAUCAGGCCCUUUGGAAAAUUUUUUGUACAAAAACCUACUUUUGCGAAAAUGAUCUCGACCUUCAUCUGGCUCUUUUUAUUCUUCAUCUCUCUGCCGAAUAUAAUAUUGAGCAACAGGGAAGCAACACCAUCAACUGUGAAAAAGUGUGCCUCCUUAAAGGGUCCAAUGGGGCUGAAAUGGCAUCAAGUGGUGAACUACAUAUGCCAGGUCAUUUUCUGGACUGUGUUUGUCCUGAUGCUUCUGUUUUAUGUGGUGAUUGCAAAAAAAGUAUACGACUCUUACAGAAAGGCCAGAAGUAAGGACAGCAAACACAACACAAAGCUGGAAGGUAAAGUGUUUGUUGUUGUGGCUGUAUUCUUUGUGUGUUUUGCUCCAUUUCAUUUUGCCAGAGUUCCAUACACUCAGAGUCAAACCAACAGUAAGACUGACUGCAGGUUGCAAAAUCAACUGUACAUAGCUAAAGAAACAACCCUCUUUUUGGCAGCAAUUAACAUUUGCAUGGAUCCCAUAAUAUACAUAUUCCUAUGUAGGAAAUUCACAGAAAGGCUAUCGUGUAUGAGAGGGAGGAAGAUCACAUCCUCAACCCAAGAAACUCGUACUAUUCAGACAGACAAUAUAACUCUAGGCUGAUAAUGUUAUAUAGGUUACCUAAUAUUCAAUCGGCAAGAUUUCAAAGACAAUUUGGAAAUCAAGUUUAAGCAAGGAAAAAAGGAUGAAGCAACUGCUUUCUUUAUCCUGGUGUACACAAAGGAAUCUAUAAAUUGUAACUGCACAUAGAUCAAUUCAUAAGCAAAGUGAAGCAUCAGAGAAAUGCGACAGAAAGCAAGUGGCCACUAGAGGUCAUCUUUAUGAGAAAACUCACUCACAUUUUGGAAAGGAUACGGAUAAACUUGUAUUACUAAAAACCUCCUUCCAAAACAUCUUCUCACAUUCUCUGACACACAAAAUUCAAACACCACCACUGCUUCUAGAUCCCACAAGUGUUGAUACUUGUUGAUUUAAAAACCAAACAAAAAAAACUUGAAAGUCCUUUGAUGAAAGAUAAGCUAAUGGAAUGAAACAUCAGGGGAAUUGAAGUAGCUCUGAAAACCCUGAGAAAGCCUAGAUGAAAGAGGGUUCUCUUUUUUUGUCAAGAGUCUCUCCCAGUAUAAAGAGUACUGAUAUUGCAGCGUUCCAUAGGAAGCAUUAGACCAUUAUUAAGCCACAUAAAAUAUUGUGCUGUUGUAUGUUGCAUUCAUCUUACAUGUGUAUAAUUUAAGAGCAAGAAUACUGUACUGAUUGAUAUUGUUUGGAAUUCUCCCUCUUCCCAGCAAAUACUCUAAUGGUGGGUGAAUAUGCCACCUACAGCCUCUAUUCUCCUGUCUCACACCUCUGGUUCAAAUUAUCUCCUUCACUCACAGUUUGGUUAUGCACUAGGGCUUUCAUUGCAGAUUUCCCUUUGCUAGUUAUCUGUAUUCAUGACUGUGUCCCCAAAAGAUGGUCAGGAUUCAUUAAGAAAGACAUGUUUUGAGGACAGAAAACAUGUCAUGCUUUCUUAGUAUUUCCCAAAUUAUUCCCUGCAGACCGUGAAUUACAAAUGUUUUAACUACAGGGGCACCUAGGCGGCUCAGGUGGUUAAGGGUCUGGCUUCAUCUCAGGUCAUGAUCUUACAGUUCAUGGGUU